GGACGAGGACGAGGAAGAGGCCGGCGCGCAGAAGCCGACAAGUCCGAGCGCACGUGAGAAGUGGCCGGGGUGAGCUCAUAAGUGUGCGCUGGCGGCGACUCUCCAACUUUUCCUCCUCCUCCCUCGUCGCCGUUAGAGUCCCCGCCGUCGCCGUCGACGCCAUGCAGUCUUCGCUCGUCCGCUCCGCCAUCGCCCAGUCCCGUCGCAGCGCCUUCGCCUGCCCGGCCAGGCUGGCCUCGACCAAGGCAACCUCCCUCAAGGACAGGGUCGCCGAGCUCAUCCCCGCAGAGAUCGAGAACGUCAAAGCCACGCGUGCCGAGCACGGGAAGAAGGCGUUCGGCCCCGUUCUCGUCGACCAGCUCUAUGGCGGCAUGCGAGGUCUCCCGGCCCUCAUCUGGGACGGUUCCGUCCUCGACGCUGAGGAGGGCAUCCGUUUCCGCGGAAAGACCAUUCCCGAGUGCCAGCAGGCCCUUCCCAAAGCACCCGGCGGCCAGGAGCCCCUUCCCGAAGCCCUUUUCUGGCUUCUCCUCACCGGUGAGGUUCCCACCCCGGAGCAGACUACUGCCCUCUCCCGCGAAUGGGCUGCCCGCGCCGAGCUGCCCGCCUUCGUCGAGGAGCUCAUCGACCGAUGCCCGUCCACCCUCCACCCGAUGAGCCAGUUCUCCAUCGCGGUCACCGCCCUCAACCAUGGCUCCGCUUUCGCGAAGGCGUACUCCGAGGGCAUCUCCAAGAAGGAGUACUGGAAGCCCGUCUUCGAGGACUGCAUGGACCUCAUCGCCAAGUUGCCUAACAUCGCUGGUCGCAUCUACCGCAACACCUAUGGCCGCGGAAAGCUGCCCGCCAUCGACCCCACCAAGGACUACUCCUGGAACUUGUCUCACCUGCUCGGCUUCAGCGACAAGCCCGGCUUCGUCGAGCUCAUGAGGCUGUACAUCACCAUCCACAGCGAUCACGAAGGUGGCAACGUCUCCGCGCACACCGGCAAGCUCGUUGGCUCCGCUCUGUCGGAUCCCUUCCUCGCCUUCAGUGCCUCCCUCAACGGUCUCGCCGGUCCGCUGCACGGUCUUGCGAACCAGGAGGUGCUCCUCUGGUUGCGCAAGAUGCAGUCCAAGAUCGGCAAGGAUGCUUCUGACGAGGCUGUCAAGGAGUACGUCUGGUCGACGCUCAACGCCGGCCAGGUCGUCCCCGGCUACGGCCACGCCGUCCUCCGCAAGACGGACCCGCGGUACACGGCGCAGCGCGAGUUCGCGCUGAAGCACAUGCCGGACGACCCGCUGUUCAAGCUCGUCGGCCAGGUGUACAAGAACGUCCCCGACAUUCUGCUCGCUGCUGGCAAGGCGAAGAACCCGUGGCCGAACGUCGACGCGCACUCCGGCGCGCUCCUUACCUACUACGGCCUUGAAGAGAUGCAGUUCUACACUGUUCUCUUCGGUGUCUCGCGUGCGUUCGGUGUGGCUGCGCAACUCAUCUGGGACCGUGCGCUCGGUGCUCCUCUCGAGCGUCCCAAGUCGUACUCAACCGCCGCGAUCCAGAAGAUAUUCAAGGACAAGCAGUAAGGUGGGUUGGUCCAAAAGGCUUGAUGGAGACGUGGAUAGCGUGUUCGGAGCCGUGCGUUAUGGGAUGGAUCAGUAGAGUAAUAGUAAACUAUGUCAAUGCUAUUCGCACUAGUGGCAAUGUAAUGCUUGCUUCUUCGACACAA